UACUCGCCCCGCCCCCUAGCCCCGCCCCUUUUACUCUCGCUCUAGUCAUGGCUGCUCCCAAGACCUUGGGGGAUGCUACCAAAGUAGACCCUGAUAGCAGCCGUCUGGGAGCCGGGGAUGUCAGUUAUGAAGAUAGUAAGGAUUGUAUCCUGGAACCACUUUCCCUGCCAGAAAGUCCAGGUGGCACCACUGCUUUGGAAGGUUCUCCAUCUGUGCCUUGUAUUUUCUGUGAAGAACAUUUUCCUCUGGCUGAACAGGACAAACUUCUCAAACACAUGAUUAUUGAGCAUAAGAUGGUCAUAGCUGAUGUCAAGUUGGUUGCUGAUUUCCAAAGGUACAUUUUAUAUUGGAGGAAACGGUUCACUGAACAGCCUAUUACAGAUUUUUGUAGUGUGAUAAGAAUCAAUUCCACAGCUCCAUUUGAAGAACAAGAUAAUUAUUUUUUGUUAUGUGAUGUUUUACCAGAAGAUCGAGUAUUAAGAGAAGAGCUUCAGAAACAGAGAUUGAAAGAAAUUUUGGAACAACAGCAGCAAGAACGAAAUGAUCACAAUUUUCAUGGCAUCUGUAUGUUUUGCAAUGCAGAAUUCAUCGGAAACAGAUCUGUUCUUUUGAACCACAUGGCCAGAGAACAUGCUUUCAACAUUGGGUUGCCAGACAACAUUGUAAACUGCAGUGAAUUUUUAUGUACAUUACAGAACAAGCUUGACAACUUGCAGUGCUUAUACUGUGAAAAGACCUUCCGUGACAAAAACACCCUGAAAGAUCAUAUGAGGAAAAAACAACAUCGUAGAAUCAAUCCUAAGAACAGAGAAUAUGACCGAUUUUAUGUCAUCAAUUAUUUGGAACUUGGAAAAUCGUGGGAAGAAGUUCAAUUGGAAGAUGAUCGGGAGUUGCUAGACCAUCAGGAAGAGGAUUGGUCUGACUGGGAAGAGCACCCUGUCUCUGCGGUCUGCCUGUUUUGCGAAAAGCAUGCGGAAACAAUUGAGAAAUUGUCUGUCCACAUGGAGGAUGCACAUGAAUUUGAUCUCCUCAAAAUAAAGUCAGAACUUGGCCUAAAUUUCUAUCAGCAAGUGAAAUUGGUCAAUUUUAUUCGAAGGCAGAUUCACCAAUGUAGGUGUUAUGGCUGCCAUGAGAAGUUCAAAUCCAAAACUGAGUUAAGGGCUCACAUGGAAGCUGCCAAACACACCGUACUGCUCCCCGGGAGAGAGGUCUGGGACCAACCGCAGUAUUACUUUCCAACGUAUGAGAAUGAUACACUGCUGUGUACACUCUCGGAUAGCGAAAGUGACCUGACCGCACAGGAACAGAAUGGAAACAUCGCCAUCAUCAGUGAAGACACAUCGAAACUCUAUGCUCUGAAACAAAGCAGUAUUUUGAACCACUUGCUACUUUAGGAGCCCUUGGGGGG